AUUCCGCCCACUCAACCUGCCAAAUGGACCGACCACUCCUCAUCUACAUCCUCCUCCUCGUCUCCUCCGCCUUCUUCCUCCUCUCCCGCCUGCUCACCAUCCUCAAUCCCGCGCGUCCCAAACCCUUCCGACCCUCCCGCCGCCAUGCUCAAGAGCCCACGCACCUCCUCAUCGUCCUCGGCUCCGGCGGUCACACGGCCGAAAUGCUCGCCAUGCUCGAACGCAGCAUGACAGAACCUGACCACUCCCUCCGCCUCGAUCUGAACGACUUCCGCCAUCGGACGUGGAUCGUCAGUUCCGGGGACGCGUUGUCAGCUGAACGCGCGCGAGAUUUCGAACGGCGUGUGGACGAACUGUAUGAGCAGCGUGUAAGCAGCAAUUCUGUUUCGGAGUCUUCGGCUUCUUCGACGAGCUGGAGUGAAGGCGGCAGAGGCACGUUUGAUAUUCAGACUGUACCUCGGGCGAGGGAAAUUCAUCAAAGUUUACUCACUGCGCCAGCUUCAUGUCUGAGAUGCUUUGUGGCUUGUGUGAUGGUCUUGUCUCAGUACACGGGAGGUCCGGGCGAGUUGGACUUUCCCGAUCUGAUUUUGGUGAAUGGACCUGCUACAGGGACAAUCGUAGUUCUGGCUUCACUGGUUUUGAGAUUCUUUGAGGUGUGGGGGUGCAAUUGGAAGGGGAAGAUGAGGACUAUCUAUGUGGAAAGCUGGGCGCGAGUCAAACGAUUGAGUCUAUCUGGCAGAUUACUGGAAUCUGUCGUUGACCGAUUCUUGGUGCAGUGGCCCCAGCUGGAGAGGCCUGGUGGAAGGGCAGAGUUUGUGGGCGUGCUGGUGUGAAUGCAAUGCUCAAAGACGUCGCAAUUAUGCCACUAUACACUGCGCCUGUUGGUAAUUGCUUAGUGUUCGCUAAGCUGCAGAGAUGACCAGGCCAUUGCCACUAGGGCCCUUGCUCUAUCCCUCCUCAGGCUGAUGAUGAUGAAGAAGAAGAAGAAGAAGAAGAAGAAGAAGAAGAAGCAGAAGAAGACUCGAGACUUGCUAGGACUCGUUGUUAUUGUCUUCCUUCUCGAGCCCAAACAGCCUGCGAACUGGACGCAGGGCCUCCAUAUCUUGGUCCAAAGCCAAGCGCGCAUCUUCCCUGCUCAGCCAAGAUCCCCCAAACUGCACUUCUUCAUCCUCCAAAGCUGCUUCCAACAGAGCCUGGUCCGGCUCCACCGAGAGCGUCUGGUUUCUGCUUGCCUUGGUCACGAGCUUGACUCUGACGAAAGCCGUCUUGAAAAGAGGCCCACUGCGCUCUCCACCAGGCGCUGUCAACGGAUAUGGCAGAUUGUCGUACAGCACACUUCUCCUGUCGACAAACAUGUCUUUGUCGCGGAGACCUGUCCACGCUUCGGCCAAGCUCAGAGCUUCGCGAUAGAGGUCCGCCAUUGUCACAUCCGACAGUACUGUGCUCGGUAGCCAGAAAUUGUCGAUGGUGUCGGGUUUCGUCUGGUCUGGUGGAGUUGCGAUGACAAAGACUGAUGCGCUGCGGACGACGAGGACUGUCAAGACGAGUUUGCCUGGCACCAGACCUUCACCGGGCUGGGUCUGCUUGUAGUGCGCUUUCCCUUCCAUGUUUCUUUGGCCUGUCUUCGUGUCGAAAAGAGAGGCGAAAUUCUCCAGAUGGAUGAAGUGCAGAGUUGUGAUUCUAUUGAAGUUUUACGGUAAUGCUAGACGGCCCGACGCGAGGAGAAUGGUGGGAGCUCGACUUCUAAGUCCAUCGUUCCAGGAGAUGUACGCGUCCUCCUCGAGCAGCAACAUUUGCCACGCGGUGUCGCUACCAGAGCAGCCAACGGUCAUCUCGGUCAUCUCCCAAGUCCCAACGUUUCGACUUCCUGAAAUUCCCCGCUGAAAUACGCGCCAUCAUCUAUCGAAUGGCCUUGUUGCUGUCCACGUCUGGC